AUGUCGUCUGCGGUUUGCACUGUAGGAUCAGUGAUCAACAAUGCCAGAAACUUGAAUCGAGAGUUCACGAUAACAGCUCGGGUUGUAGCACCAAAGAGACCAACUUUGCCUGAAUUAUCGUUGAAAGGCAUUCCUCACACUGAUCUUCAUGUCCGAGAGAUCGUUCAAAGACAGUUGUACACACCACGCAGCGAUCAUAAUCUUUGCAGAAAACCCGAGUUCAAUCCUGAGUUUCUUGAAGAUGCCUAUGAUCGGUGUAGAGAUAUAUGUGCUGAAUAUGCCAAGACUUUCUAUCUAGGAACCAGACUUAUGACUGAAGAAAGACAGAAAGCAGUAUGGGCUAUAUAUGUUUGGUGCAGGAGAACAGAUGAACUCGUUGAUGGCCCUAACGCCACCCACAUGAAGUGCUACUGUUCUUGA